UGAUUCAUUCUGUCCUUGUACAGCGUGCUACUGCGCAUGUUGCAUGACAGGUGCACACACAAGGCUCCAUCUUGGCAACCCCAUACCAAUGCAAUAGUACAGCGAGAAUAAAGAUUCUGUUAAGGUUAUCAAAAUUGAAAAAAUAAGAAAAACAGACGGGAAACGCCGUCGUUAGGAACGACGAUUCGCGCUGACUGAGGGAACGACUAGCAGAAUGCGAUAUAGACGGCGACUGGUCAUGAAGGCUCUUUAACGACAUAUUGCACUGUCAGCGCCACUGGAUCGAAUCUGUGGAACAACAACCGCUACGACAUUAAAAUGGCUAAGUUGAGUUGCUGUAACAUGAAGACUCUAAAGAUGAUUUUCUUGUUGCUUAUCAUCUGUCUCUGGAUGGAAGGAGGAUUCACCAAAGAAAAAUCUGCUAAGAAAGGGAAGAAGAAAGGAAAACAGGUUUACUGUCCUUCGCAGCUGUCAUCAGAGGACCUGGCACGGGUUCCAGCAAACUCCACCAGCAACAUCCUUAAUAGACUUUUGGUCACCUAUGACCCAAGAAUCCGACCCAACUUCAAAGGUAUUCCUGUUGAAGAUCGUGUGAACAUUUUCAUCAACAGCUUUGGGUCCAUCCAAGAGACCACUAUGGACUACCGUGUCAACAUCUUCUUGAGACAGCGCUGGAACGACCCCAGACUCCGGCUUCCUCAGGACUUCAAGUCAGACUCGCUCACCGUUGACCCGAAGAUGUUCAAAUGCCUCUGGAAACCCGAUCUUUUCUUUGCCAAUGAAAAGAGUGCUAACUUUCAUGACGUUACUCAGGAGAACAUCCUGCUCUUUAUCUUCAGAAACGGAGACGUACUCAUCAGCAUGAGGUUGUCUGUUACCCUCUCUUGUCCUCUGGACCUGACUCUCUUUCCCAUGGACACCCAGCGAUGCAAAAUGCAGCUUGAGAGCUUCGGCUAUACCACAGAUGACCUGCAGUUCAUGUGGCAGUCUGGUGACCCUGUACAGAUGGAAGAGAUUGCUCUGCCUCAAUUCGAUAUUAAACAAGAGGACAUUGAAUAUGGCAACUGCACCAAGUACUACGCAGGGACAGGCUACUACACGUGUGUGGAGGUGAUUUUUACUCUGAGGAGGCAGGUGGGCUUCUACAUGAUGGGUGUGUAUGCGCCUACCCUGCUUAUCGUCGUCCUCUCCUGGCUCUCCUUUUGGAUCAACCCUGACGCCAGCGCUGCCCGUGUGCCUCUGGGGAUACUGUCAGUGCUCUCACUCUCUUCUGAGUGCACUUCUCUGGCCUCUGAACUUCCCAAAGUCUCCUAUGUAAAGGCGAUUGACAUCUGGCUGAUUGCUUGCCUGCUCUUUGGCUUCGCCUCUCUGGUCGAAUAUGCUGUGGUUCAGGUGAUGCUUAACAGCCCUAAGCUGCUGGAGGCUGAGAGAGCAAAGAUUGCCAGCAAAGAGAAGGCAGAGGGAAAGACCCCUGCCAAGAACACUAUCAAUGGCAUGGGAAGCACCCCUAUACACGUCAGUACGCUACAGGUGACAGAGACAAGGUGCAAAAAGGUAUGCACCUCCAAGUCAGAUUUGCGCUCCAAUGACUUCAGCAUCGUCGGCUCUCUGCCACGGGACUUUGAACUCUCAAACUUUGACUGCUACGGCAAACCCAUUGAAGUCGGCACUGCUUUCUGUAAAUCUCAAGCCAAAAACAACAAGAAGCCGCCACCUCCUAAACCUGUCAUCCCCUCGGCAGCUAAGCGCAUAGAUCUAUAUGCCCGCGCGCUCUUCCCUUUCUCCUUCCUUUUCUUUAAUGUCAUUUACUGGUCUGUGUAUUUGUGAUUGUGUGAAAUUCAACCUGCUUUCAUUCAGCUAACUUUUCCCUCCUUCGUAUCGUCUCGGCCUGUAUAAUUUUUGUUUUUUACCUCAGACAUCAAUCUGAGCAGGUGUGCAGAGCGAAACUAUGGGAAGAAACAGUAUUGCUAAACAAAAGCAAAAUUUUCUAUUAGAAAGAGCUAAGGCAUUGCUUGAAACGUGUUUGAUUUUCAGACUAUAUUUAAUUUAUGCACAAAAAAGAGAUAAAUUAUUAUCUUGCAUGUGGAAAUGGAAUAUAUGAAUAUUAAUAUAUUGUAUUUAAUAUAUAUAUAAUAUAAUUUUUGACCUACAGAUCAGCUGUUAAGAUUAUGCUGAGACAUUUGUACUGAAAAACACUGCCAUAAGAACUGUCUUUUGAUGAUGUUCCUAUUACAAGCAUUCCAAAUUACAAGCAACUGUAUCAAAAAAACAAACAUCUCCUGUGCUUGUGAAUCAUCCAUCAAUAAAUGGCCCAAUGGCUCAGCUGA